AUGUCCAAGACACUGAAAAAGAAGAAGCACUGGUCCACCAAAGUGCAGGAGUGCACCGUGUCGUGGGGAGGUUCCGGGGAGUUGGUCACGGUAAUUGAGGUGAGAGGCGGCGCGGAGCUGGGAGAGUUCCCGUACCUCGGACACAUAGUUUCGGAGGCGAUGGUUUGUCACGCCGGUAGGUUUCCCGGCAGCGCGGACGUGCUGCUGGAGGUGAACGGCACUCCGGUGAGCGGACUCACCAACCGAGACACGCUGGCUGUCAUCCGCCACUUUCGGGAGCCCAUCCGCCUGAAGACUGUGAAACCAGGUAAGGUGUUGAAUACUGAUUUGCGUCACUACCUCAGUCUGCAGUUUCAGAAGGGCUCCCUGGACCACAAGCUCCAGCAGGUGAUCAGGGACAACCUGUACCUGCGCACCAUUCCCUGUACCACUCGGCAGCCCAGAGAGGGGGAAGUUCCUGGUGUGGACUACAAUUUCAUCAGUGUGGGGGAGUUCCGCGAGCUGGAAGAAAGUGGACUGCUGCUGGAGAGUGGCACCUAUGAUGGCAACUACUAUGGGACCCCGAAGCCCCCCGCAGAGCCCAGCCCCGUGCAGCCGGACCUGGUGGACCAGGUUCUGUUUGAUGAGGAAUUUGACACGGAGGUGCAGAGAAAACGCACAACCUCCGUCAGUAAGAUGGAUAGAAAGGACAGCGCCGCACCAGAGGAGGAAGAGGAAGAAGAGAGGCCUCCUAUGGUCAACGGCCUGGCUGAGCACAAGGACAAGGCGGAGUGGAGGAAGACGGUGCCCAGCUACACCCAGUCAGCUGGGGCCAUGGACCUGCGUGCAUGGAGCACACAGGAUGAAAGUCAGGAGCCCUUGCCUAAAAACUGGGAGAUGGCCUACACAGAGACCGGCAUGGUCUAUUUCAUAGAUCACAACAGCAAGACCACUACCUGGCUGGACCCCCGCCUCGCCAAGAAAGCCAAGCCUCCAGAGAAAUGCGAGGAAGGAGAGCUGCCCUACGGCUGGGAGAAGAUUGAGGACCCCCAGUACGGCACCUACUAUGUAGACCACAUCAACCAGAAGACCCAGUUUGAGAAUCCAGUGCUGGAAGCAAAGAGGAAGUUGAGUGUGGACACGCCCACUGUGGCACCGCCACCGCCUGCAGCCACACCUUCAGGUAAAGUGGGGGUGCGGGGCUUCACGCGAGACCCGGCUCAGCUACAGGGAUCCAUCUUGCAGACAGCGCUUCGAAAAAGCCCCCAGGGCUUUGGGUUCACCAUCAUUGGAGGAGACCGACCUGACGAGUUCCUUCAGGUCAAAAAUGUCCUUCCGGAUGGGCCUGCCGCACAUGACAACAAGAUCGCCUCAGGUGACGUGAUCGUGGACAUCAAUGGGACAUGUGUGCUGGGGAAGACUCAUGCUGAUGUGGUCCAGAUGUUCCAGUCCAUCCCUAUCAACCAGUAUGUGGACAUGGUCUUGUGCCGGGGCUACCCCCUGCCUGAGGACUCCAGCAACAGUGAGGAGGCCUCAGGAGGCCUGUGCACCUCCAAGGACACUUCCCCUUCGCCGCCCACCUCCACGCCACAGGACCCUCACUACACAGUCCCAGACGGAGGAACCCUCACCAGGCAGACUGCUGCAGUGCCACCCAUGACCAACGGGGGACGCCACCACCACCACCAUCCUCACCCUCACCUCCACCAACACCACCACCACCUUCCUCACCAAGAAGGCCCUGACCCCACCUUGUUGCAGCCAGAGCUGGUGAGCGUGCCGCUGGUGAAAGGCCCCGGAGGUUUCGGCUUCGCCAUCGCGGACUGCCCACUAGGCCAAAAGGUGAAGAUGAUCCUUGACGCCCAGUGGUGCCGCGGCUUGUUGAAGGGCGAUGUCAUCAAGGAGAUCAACAGGCAGAACGUGCAGACGUUGAGCCACUCCCAGGUGGUGGACAUCCUCAAAGACCUGCCCGUGGGCAGCGAGGUCAACGUGCUGGUGCUUAGAGGAGGUCAGACGUCUCCUGUGAAAUCACUCAAACCACUUGUUCCUGCGCUGCCGCUCCUCCAUCGGCAGGAGAUAAUCAACAGCACAGAGGCCCUCAGUCAGCCGGAGAUGCCCCCCAAUCCGCUCUCCUUCCCCGCCAACACCCUGCGCUCGUCUUCGCCCAAACCGGAUGCGUCUGAGCUCUACCUCAAGUCCAAGGCCAUGUUGGACAGCAAGCCUCCUAAUACCAAGGACCUGGAUGUGUUCAUCAAAAGGAACCAGGAGUCGGGCUUUGGCUUCAGAGUCCUUGGAGGCGAGGGGCCGGAUCAGCCGGUGUACAUCGGUGCCAUUGUGCCACUCGGCGCGGCUGAGAAAGACGGGCGCCUGCGGGCAGGGGAUGAGCUGCUCUGUAUAGACGGCGUGCCAGUCAAGGGCAAAUCCCACAAACAAGUGCUGGAGCUGAUGACCAACGCUGCCCGUAACGGCCAAGUGAUGCUCACGGUCCGCAGGAAGCUAGCACACUCAGAUGGUGGUGGAGAGGAGGAGGGCAGUCAGCAGCCCCACCAGGUAGCAUCCGCCCUGGUCAACAGCUCUCCCAAGAUGCCUCGUGUCGAGGUGCCAAGUGCCCUCCAGCAAGCCCAGUCGCCACGGCCGGAGUGCUUCGACGUUACUCUGCAGCGCAAAGACAACGAGGGCUUCGGCUUUGUCAUCCUCACCUCGAAGAACAAGCCCCCACCUGGAGUUAUACCUCACAAGAUUGGCCGUAUAAUCGAGGGCAGCCCCACUGACCGUAUAGGUCAGAUGAAGGUGGGAGACCGUAUCUCUGCUGUCAAUGGCCGGUCCAUCAUGGAGCUGUCGCACAACGAUAUUGUUCAGCUCAUCAAGGAUGCCGGCAAUUCUGUCACCCUCACUGUCGUGCCUGAAGAUGACAACGCUCCUCCAUCUGGAACAAAUUCAGCCAAGCAGAGCCCUUCAGCACAACACAGAGCUAUGGGCCAACAGCCUCCCAGCUAUCCAGACAGGUACACACACACACACACACACACACACACAAUCCCAUACAAGCAAAAGAACUCUUUUCUACAAGGAGAGAUGGGUACACUCAUCACAUCAGGCCCAAAGCAGGGCUGCUUUGUGGUGGAGCUGGAGCGCAGUCAGCGGGGCUUCGGCUUCAGUCUGAGGGGAGGGAAAGAGUAUAACAUGGGACUGUUCAUCUUGCGACUGGCUGAGGAUGGACCUGCUCUUAAAGAUGGCAGGAUACAUGUUGGAGAUCAGAUCGUGGAGAUCAACGGCGAGGCCACCCAGGGAAUCACACACACUCGGGCCAUUGAGCUGAUCCAAGCAGGGGGCAGUAAAGUUCAUCUGCUGCUCCGACCUGGCCAGGGCCUGGUCCCGGAUCACAGUUCAAAGGACAAAGUAACCAUUCCAACCUCAAGCUUUCCCAGACUCUCUGUAUCUGACGGGCAGUCAUCUCCAGCCUCUCCAUCCUCUGUCUCCCUCUCUACCUCGGAACUGUCCCCAUCCUCACCCAAAAUAUCCGUCCCUGAUGAGUUCUCCGGUGGGGACUCCAGGGCGGCUGGGUCCCCUGGCGGUGGGCAGGAGCACGGUAGGCAGGCUAACAGAUCAAGAGGACAGCACCUCCCUCACCACAACCAUAAGCGCACCACCAGCCCCAGCACCCAGGCCAGAAAAACAAGCAGGAGUGACUCCAAGUCGGCUAGUCCCAAAAGAGCCACUGAUGGCUGGGCAGAUCACGUAGAGCGCUCCCAGAGCCCUAGAAAAUCAGAGCGAGGCCACAGCGGAUCCUUGGAAGAUAUGAGCAGGGAGAGAAAAUUCCAAGGGCAGAGGGAUCAUAACUCCUCUAGCUCAAGGAAGGGUUCCAAGAGGGAACAUGACCCUGCUGUGCCUUUGAAGAACCUGGAGGAGCCCCAGAGCCCCAGGCGUCCAGCUGGCCAACAGCCCAGCAUUCCCUCUGGAGAAGGGAAGGACUGGAGGUACAAAGAGGAGGAUGCCGCUUAUUGGCAGGAGAGGGGGGCUGCAGAGAGUGGAGACAAAAGCUGGGGGACCAGUGAACGUCACAAGAAGGGCAAAAGGGCUGAGCAAGAGGCAGCGGCACAAAAAUCCUAUUCCCAAAUGCACAGGGAGAGGGCGGGGUCAGAUGUCGAUAGCGGCACCCUCAGCCGAAGGGGCGGGCGAGAGAAGGGGGAUAAAGAAUAUUGGGAGAGUAAGCACCAUGGGCCAAGUGAAGAAGUGAAUAGAAAGGAUCCCAGAGGUUCAAGCAGUAGCAUCCAGGACCCCAGCUGCAACGGGACCACCACCAGCAAGAAGGCUCCCAUCACCCCCGGCCCAUGGAAAGUUCCCAGCUCUGCCAAGAUCCAGUCGCAAGUGGACACAACAUUCGCAGAUAUCUGAUAUCUUUCCAGGACAUUCUGCAUUUAUUAAGAGAAAGCUGAGCCUCUGACAGAUGGACAUUCAGAAUGGAAGGAUGAUUUUUUUUUGUUUUGUUUUUUUUAGCAAUCUCGGACAAAGCAGAUCACUGUGUAACCAGUAACAUAGCUUGUCAUUGCUUAUGAUUUUUUUUUUUUUCACCCAGUUUG